GGCUUUAUCACAUGACCACUUUAUUUUGUCCCCGUGAUCAAGUUUAGAAAAUUCAAAAAUAAUUACGCGCAAUGGCCAAAGUAGAAGUUGAAGUUGACAUCCAUGAAAAUUCACUCGAUAACAGUGCAGAUAGUGAGUUGCUGGGCAUGGUCGAUGAAGGAUCAUUUGGGAGUGCUGAGUGUGAUAGAUCACAUUUAGUUUCACAGUCUUUUCUGGAUGCUAAUGAAGAAGAUAACAGCUCUUCAUAUAAUUUUAAGGAUUUAUCUGGAGCAGUAACAUAUAAACUUGUCCAAAUGACUGGUGAAGAAACACCUAAUACUAUGUCAUCCCAUUCACCAACACAUGUGAUUCCUAGCGGCGAGUUUUAUGUCAUAAGCAACCCAGUACAAGUAUUCGGGACAACUGCUACACAAAAGAAAGUAAUAAGAAGACAACCAAUGCAAAAUAAAGCUAUAACAGCCAAAAAGCGGGAUGACAAAAGAAGGGCAACACAUAAUGAAGUGGAAAGGCGUCGAAGGGAUAAAAUAAAUAGUUGGAUCACAAAAUUAGCUGCCCUAGUACCAAAUUCUGGUCUUCCUGACACAGCGAGUAAGGGUGGUAUCCUAGCAAAAGCAUGUGAUCACAUCACUGAACUCACGGAGAAACAGAAGAAAUUGGAAAAGCUAGAAGUUGAUAACGACAAACUUGUAUUAGAAGUGUUAAGGCUCAAUCAAGAAUUAACAGAGUUAAGGAAAGAGAACACCUCAAUGCGUGUACAAUUAGCGGACAACUGCCUUAUUUCGAGUACACCUAGCCACCGACCGAAAGGUCAAAAGUCUUAGCUUGAAUUAGUUAAAUAGCUGUAAUGUGUAAGUGUUGGACUAUUAAUGUUCAUGAUGGAAAUCCAAGGUGCUGAGUACUAAGCUUAGAAGUGACAAGAAAUUAUGGUAAGUAGCAGGAAUAAAUUAUUAUGAGAUAUAAACUGUUAUUGUGUAAAUGUUAACUCUUGAUUCAACACGCUUUGUGUUUGAGUGAAAUAAAUGGUUAUUUAAUAAAUGUUUGAAACAGUUCAAUGUCUUGUAAUAUACUGAAAAUAACUAUUAUUUGAAAAAAAAUAAGAUCAAAAAUUACAAACGAAAUAAAUAAAAUAUUGUUAUUCGUCCAGCUUGAUAAAUCUUGCUAUUUAUUUUUUUGAUAUUGUUAUAUUUCUUGGGGUAAUAACUACAUAUUAAUAUUGAUGUUAUGAAAUGUUUAUUGAAUUAUGACAAUAUUGGGAAUAGCAGUAGUAAAUAAAUACAUACUAGAUUUAAAUAUGUGUAUUUAAUAUUUAUGUAUAGAAAUAGAUGUUAAUGUUGAUCUGCUACAUCACAUUUUCCUGGUCAACAGAUAACUAAUGAAUGAUAUACAAACUGUUUUUUUUUAAUACUCCUUGACUUUAUCAAGUUUUGGACUAAUCUUAUGAAGUAUGAAUUUUUGUUUGUGAAAUAAAACGUUAUGUUGUGAAUGUUAUAUUUUAGUUGUUAAAACCAAAUUUAUUUUUUUAAGAAUUAGUUACUUAUUGUUUCUUUUUUGUAUGAUAGAGAAAUACAACUUAGUAAGCUAAUAUCAGUGUAUUUCUUUAAUAUAUAAAUUAUUAUCUCACAUACCGAAUGAAUUUGUAAGUCAACUGAGGUAUUUUUUUAUAUUUUUAAUGCUAAUUUUACAUGCAACUAAGAUUAUUACAAUUGAUUUAUGAUAUUCUUCUCUUUUGUUUGUCUAAAUUUAUUUAGCCGGAUGUAAAAAAAUCAUUAAUUUAUAUAUUUGGAAUUGUAUUAAACAAAUCAAGCCUGGUGAACCUUUGGUGCUCAAUGAAAGAGUAUUGAUUAUUGUAAAUAAUUAUGAAAAUUACUUUAUAAUGUAAUAUCAAAAUCUGUAGACUUGUUGCAAUUUUAAUUCAGUAUUUGCAGUUGAUUGCUUUAAAAUUAAACAAGUUGUGUACACCUUUGUUGAUAUUCUCUAUUCUAUUGUAAUUUGACAACAAUUGCAAUUACAUGUGUAUUUGGCAAUAAGCGAGCAAGAUUUUAAAACAUUUUGUGAUAUAUGGUUUUUUGUAUAACUUUGUCUAAAUGAUGUACACAUUAUUUAGUAAUUAUAUGGAGUUU